AAACAGCAUAUGUGACUUGUCAAAACAAAAAUUAAAAAUAACAAGCUAACCUCAGUAAACGGUUUUAGGUGCCUUUUCCUUAAAAAUAAAUUAAUAUUUAGUUCCAUCGCUACAUAGCAAAAACUAUAAUAUGUCCAAGAGGCUUCUCUCUGCUCUCGAAUACCCUGGGGCCGACAAAGUAGAUCUGUCUGAUGAAAAGACAUUCAGAGCCGUCAUACUAUGGUUAGAAACAAAUAAAAUUAAAGGGGCAAGCCAACAUGUAUUAGGUGGUCUUAAAAAUCAAAACUCCAAUGAUUGGAACAAGUAUUUUGACCAGUAUAAAGACUCCAUGGGCUGCCCUGUUUUGGGAUCUUCUUUAGAGGAGCUCCAUUGGCUUUUGGGGCAAGCAGUACAAAUGCACACGUCAAAAAAUAAAAAUCUUUAUCUUAAGCAUGCUGUUGACAACAUAAAAUCAUCAAGUGUUCCCAGUGUGGUAGCAGAAAACCCUUUGGAUAAACUUGACUUCAGAAGCAAAGAAUUCACAGACAGAAUUAACCAGUUAGCAAAAGCACUCAAGAUAGUUCCAUAUCCUGAUCCCCUAGUAACAUUGCGAGCAGUUAGGAAGGUUGUUUGCAGUAGAUUGACACCUGAAUGUGUUGAAGAUCCUAGCAAAGUUAUAAUGGAGGGUACACCAUUCCCUUAUCAAGACACCAACUUAGGAUUUGAAAUAAACGAUCCUAUAUUAAGUCAGGCAGCCAAAAUCUUACGAAUGCUGUACAUUCACGAUCUGAGGGAUCUUCAAACUAAAGCUAAUGAACUGAUUGUCAAAGUCCAGGGAGUUACGGCCAAUCCUAAGACUGAUACCAAGCUGGGCAAAGUUGGAAGAUAAAAAAUAAUGUGUUCUUUUAAAUAAAUGUUCGUAAUUCCGAUGUGUAUCUCAUAAUAAAGAUGUGUUCUCGACAA